CCAGAGGUGACGUCAAUUACGUUUUGUUGACAUUUAUUUGUGAAAGACAAAAACAGUGGACAGGCACUGGAUGGUGUAUUUUUGGAAACCGGACCGACGGACCUCGGGACAGACUGGAGACCACCGGAUUGUGAUUAAUACAUAUCUGCGUGUAUUAGACCAGCUCUGGUCAAGAUGUGACGCCAAGCAAGGACGAAAGAAGAUCUAGAUCAGCAGAUGGACGAACCAAGUCGGGAACAAAACAAACCGUGUCACCCAGACUACAGUAACGUUAGAGGCUGAAUCAUUCACAUGCUAACAGCCACCUGAGAGCUGAGUUAGGUUUGAAUUUUAUAGUAAGGUAGCUAACGGUCAUUAGUUGAUCUGUCGAAGAUUCUUGUACUUAUCUCUUAUCCGCCUCCCAGUUUAUUAUACAUGUUACAAUGGUAGUGUAGGCUUACACAAGCGUUGUCCGUUAGACUAGCAAGUUAGCAAGCUAACGUUAGCUGUUGCUAACGUUACCCUUAUUUGAACUGCUGAGAAGCUAACUAGCUACAGAAUGUACUGAGGUUGCGAGACUGCAUUCUUUUCAUACAGUGUUUACUACAAGUAGCUCGUCAGUUCGGAGUGACCUUAAGAAUGUGAAGCACAAUGGCCAACUUUGAAGCUUACCAGGAGUAUCAGAGAAUUGAGGACUUCGAGGAGGACUCGCCACCAGGGGAGGAGGAUUUACUGGUGCACGUGCCUGAAGGCCUGAAAGACUCCUGGCACCAUAUCAAGAACCUGGAUAACUUCUUCACAAGAAUCUAUCAUUUUCAUCAAAAGAAUGGCUUUGCUUGUAUGAUGUUGUCGGAGUUCUUUGAACUUGUUCAGUUAUUGUUUGUUGUCACAUUCACAACGUUCCUUGUCAACUGUGUGGAGUAUGAUGUCCUGUUUGCCAAUCGAGCGGUCAACCACACUGGGCCAGGCCAGAACCCCUUGGACAGAAACAAAGUCACUCUUCCAGAUGCCAUCCUACCCAGCCAGGAGUGUACUCAAAGGAUUCAAGAGAAUAGCUGGAUUAUAUUCCUUCUCAUCAUGGCAGCCAUCUUCUGGAUCUAUCGACUUGUUAAAGUCUUCUGCAAUGUUCUGAGCUACUGGGAGAUCAGGCAGUUCUACAUCAAAGCACUGAAGAUCAAAAUGGAUGAUCUAUGCAAUUUCACAUGGCAGGAAGUUCAGGACCGGCUCAUCAGCCUGCAGCGAGAGCAGCAAAUGUGCAUACACAAGAAAGAGCUAACAGAACUUGACAUCUAUCACCGCAUCCUGCGAUUCAAGAACUACAUGGUGGCCAUGAUAAACAAGUCCCUGCUGCCAGUGCAGCUGCAGCUCCCCCUGCUGGGCAAUGUGGUGUUCCUCACCCAGGGCCUCAAGUACAACUUUGAGCUCAUCCUCUUCUGGGGUCCUGGCUCUCUGUUUCAAAAUAAGUGGAACCUGCACCCCAAGUACAAGCGGAGUGGGAACCGCCUUGAGCUCGCCCAGCAGCUUAGUAGAGUCAUUCUGCUGAUGGGUUUGGCCAACUUGCUGCUAUGUCCCUUCAUCCUGGUGUGGCAGGUGCUGUACGCUUUCUUCAGCUACACCGAAGUGAUCCGCAGAGAACCCGGAAGCCUGGGUGCACGACGCUGGUCCCUGUACGGUCGUUUGUACCUGCGCCACUUCAAUGAGCUUAACCACGAGCUGCACGGACGCUUAGGUCGUGGCUACAAACCCACUUCCAAAUACAUGAACUCCUUUACGUCACCAUUGCUGACUGUGCUGGCUAAGAACAUUGCCUUCUUCUCAGGCUCAGUGUUGGCUGUGCUUAUUGCACUGACUGUCUAUGAUGAGGAUGUUCUGACAGUGCAGCACAUUCUGACCGCUAUCACUGUGCUGGGGCUGGUUAUUACUAUCACCAGGUCCUUCAUCCCAGAUGAGCAUAUGGUGUGGUGUCCAGAGCAGCUGCUGCAGUGCAUGCUGGCACACAUUCACUACAUGCCAGACCACUGGAGGGGCAAUGCUAACAAGAGCGAGACCCGUGACGAGGUGGCGCAGCUGUUCCAGUACAAAGCGGUGUUCAUCUUAGAGGAGUUGCUCAGUCCUAUUGUCACGCCCUUCAUUCUCAUCUUCCUCCUGAGGAAUAAGUCUCUAGAGAUCAUUGACUUCUUCAGGAACUUCACUGUGGAGGUGGUUGGAGUUGGGGACAUCUGUUCCUUCGCACAGAUGGACAUCAGACGGCAUGGAAACCCAACAUGGAUGUCAGAGGGCCAGACAGAGGCUUCCAUUUACCAACAGGCCGAAAAUGGCAAGACAGAGUUGUCUCUUAUGCAUUUCACCAUUAAGAACCCACACUGGCAGCCGCCUCAGGAGAGUUCGGUGUUUAUCAGCCAUCUAAAGGAAAAGGUGCAACACGAUGCACAGGGCGGCCCAUCCACCCAGCUGCUGCUCUCUGAGGCGCCUCUCUGCACGUCACUGCAGUCAAACGAGUCAGGCACUGGGCCUGAAAAUCUGUUGGCCAGUGUCUUGGCCCACCCCAUUCUAACUGCGUCAGGACUACAAGGGCGAGACCGUCGCUUCAUCCCACCAAGCACCGCCGCUUCUGCUGCUGCCAGUGUCCUGGCCUCCUUGUCCACCUCCCAGCUUGCACAUCCCAGCCGCGGCCGCUCACAUGGCCUCCUGCCCUCAUCCGUCCACCCCGAGAGCACCAUGUACCGCAGCGAUCGCACCGUCAUUGACAGUAUGUCUAACAGCGGCUCUCACAUCCGGAGCAAUACACUGCACACAGAGUUUGCCUCAGCGGAAAUGAGCCUCCAUGCCAUCUACCUGCAUGAGCUCCACCAGCAGAGCUCCCACCCACAGAGAACUUCGGGGCAGUGGCAGAACCCAGUGCCAAUGAGAGAUCUGCACACAAACGCUGGUUUCCAGGCACAUAGUGGCCUUGGUACCAGUAUUUCCAUGCCCACUCCUGUCCAUCUUGGGGGCUGGCAAGAGGAGGAGGAGGAGGAAGAGGGGGAUGAAGAUGAUCAGGAGAUUAACAGUGGAUCUACUCCAAAACAGGGCACUGGGAGUAGUUGUUGAAGUGCCUUAUGUCAUAAGUGUUUACAUUUUACUUUCUUCUAUGAACAUUGUGGCCUUAGAUGAUCUUCAUGGAGAAUUUAGCAUGGACCUUUUUAAAACACCAUUCAGCGUUUAUUGUAGGAGAGGCUCAUUGAGUAACCACUGUCUCCGCACCUCCACGCGUCAUCCUGUCACACCAGGCAGACUAUGGCAUCAGGGAAACCAUAUGUCUUCCGUCCGUUUCAACGUGAUUUUGUCAUAAACUUGUACGGACAAACUGCGUUUAAAGUGAGAGAGACAAUAUAGUGUGUUCAUAGGAUCACUGUGUGAUGGUGGGUUUGGCCAAUUUUAUUGUGGAAUGCAAAAUGCUCGUCGCGACUUUUUGCAUAGCUUGUGUGCACAAUUCAUGUAUUUGUGCAUCACAAAGUUUAACAGCAUGAGUCUAAUUGAAGUUUGUCACAGAGUGGUGUCUUGAUAUGUGCUACAAAGGCUGCAAGCUGUAUCGUAGCUGUCUGAACAAUUUUGAUCACCUGAACAAACACAUUCAGUAUUUCAAGUUGUGCUGGUACCCUGGUGAUUUGUAUAUACACUUUUGCGUCUUACUUAUCCUUUUAAUGUCCUCAUUUUUACAACCAGAUGUAAUCCUUGACAAAGAUACCAAGUAUUGAUAUGAUAAAGAGCUGACUGUACAGUAGCUGUACCACUAAAACACCAUGUGUCCUAAAAGCCCUACUGGGUUAGACAAAACAUGUCUUUAAACUAGACAGACACAUGGUCGAUGGUGCCGUCUGUGUUUAGUGGUCCUAAAUACAGAUUCUAUUCAGUAUUACUAUUUCCACAGCAUGUAUCAAGACAUUACUAUUUCUCAAAAACAGAGAUGAAAUCAAGGGUCCCAGAUACACUUGGCGUCAAAAUCUGAUGCAGAUACAAGAUGUCUUUUAAGUAGAUUUAAGCUAGACACAAAGUCAGCUUUAUGCCUUAACACCCAUAUAAAAACACAAGUAUUUAAAUCCUAGUUUUCCGUAUUACCUCAGUGGUGGUGAAGAAAAACUAAUACUCCAUAAUACCUCUGCAGUGUAUUUACUCUUGUAAAAUAUAUAUAGUACACAAAGGUAUAUUUGCAGUGUACAUAUGCAUCUUUUAACUGCAUUUUGAUUUUAAUGGCAGGUGUAAAUGGAAUCUGUUUCAUUUUCUGUUCCUAUUUCUUGUCUAGCAGAUGUUUUGAAUCAAGCAUUGAUGUCCCAGAAAUGGUGGGGAUUAAACAUUUUUUUGGGGUGACAUUACAAAUCUUUGUUGUGCACAUUAACAUUGUGUUUGUGUCCUUUACCCAAAAUGCUCACAUAAGAAUGGAACAUCAUUGUAAGGGCUGUUUUAAGAGUGUGCACUGUGGACUGAAGAUUUUAGGACAGCAGAUCCUCUCAGUGUUUGCUUCGUCCUUCCAAAGUAAAGAAAAAAGCCUUUCCACAGUCAGCAUCAUUUAGCUUUAGGUUUACUUAUUGGAUGGCCUUUUUACCGUAGCAAAUAUUUAAUAGAUUUAUUUAUUUGAAAAACAUGUUUAGAUAGUUCUGUCAAAUCACUUGAUUUCACAAAAGCUUAUAUUCUUAUUAUAUUAUAUCCCCCCCCCCCCCCCCCCCCCCAAAAAAAAAUAGUUAAAAAAGUACUUUUUGAAUUUCAAAUUAAUAUAAAAAGGCUUUAUUAAUGCAAAGACAACAUGGCCAGCUGCAUGAUUUUGAAUGUAAUUUCCACGUAAUAUAAACCGGGACUAAAUCUGAUAGUUGAUGCAGUGCGCAAAAUAUCUUUCUACCCAUUUUUUAUUACAUCCUACACAGAUCACAGUAAUAUUGAUCUCAUUCUCUUCGACUGCAAGACUUUAGAGGCUAUGUGUCUUUGCCCUCUCGUGGGUUUCGAACUAUUACACUUUCUUUGUGAGUGUGUCUGUGGGAUGAAAAUGUUUUGACACCUGCAUCGUUAUGCUAACAUGAACUCUGAAUUUUGCACUGACUGAAAAUAAAAACAUUUUUAACCAAUGUGUGCAUAGACAGUACUUGCAACAGUUACGUUUUAGAAAAGGCAGGUCUCAAAAGGGACACUGAGUCAGUGUCCACGUUGAAUGACCUCUUCUCAUUGUUUAUAGAUAAGCAAAGCAUCAGCACGUAUUGUAUCGUCAUUGCCCACAGCAGACCACCCGGAAGCACUGUGGCCAAUCAUAUAAGAUCCUUCUUACCUCUCCUUAGUAAAGAUUCACCCUGUAGGGGAUGAUGUGUGUUUCUGUUGCAUUGUUAAAUAUGCUCACAUGGGUAUUGUGGUCACUGUCUAUUUGUGCAGUGAGUUUAUUAUUGUAGAGACACUGGAGCUCAGCUUUGUGCACAGAGUUGGUUUCUUUUCACGGUCUCCACAUUUACACCUCACUGUUACGUUUGUGUUUUUAUUUUAAGCAGUGCCUUAGUAUUGCUCUUCAUAGAAUCCAGUUUCACAUUUAGCACGUACUAUGUACAGUAUUUCUUUUGGUAAAUCAUUGUGUAUAGCAUCAAGUAUGCUAUACACAGUGGUGAAGUUGUGGAUGUGUCGUUGCGUCUGACAGCGCACUACUUCUGAUCAUGGUGUCUAAAUCUGCACUUUCCUCUGUAUCCUAAAGAAGCAGGAGCUUGUCUUGUUAAUUGGCGGCAUCAUCAUGGCCAACCUUCUCGUCAUGCUAUGGUUUCUUACCCACUACACACCAGUCUAAGAAUCACAGUGACUGGAACAAGGUGCUAAGUUUUCAUCCUGAAAUGUUGAAUAUGUUUUGAGACAUGUUUGUUUUGUUACAUAGGUUUGUCUGUUUUGUUCUAUAAAUUAAGAAACACUAGCUGAAAAGUGAAACAUGCCAAAAGAACUUGUUUUCGGCACAGCUUUACAAUACAUGUGUUGUUUUCUGUGAGUGGGUAGAGAGGCAAAUAAAUCUUAUUUUGAGUGUAUUUAAUCAUAUCGUGUGGUUGAUUGUGAUGUUUAUUUGAAAUAAAAAUAUAUUUUAAUUUUGUGA